CACCCAGGAGACCGUAGCUGCGGCCGACGGUUUCUGUCACGCAACCCCCUCCCCACCCGCUCGGGCAGCUCCAAUCCGCAGCUCUGCGUGCGGGGGCGCGCGCAUCCCCCCCGCCGCCGUCUGUCCGUCAUCGGAUCUGUCUGGGUGUCUCCCCAGCCCAGGGCGCUGCGCAGGGAGAGGCAGGGCGUUCGCAGCGCCCCACGCCCGCAGCGGCCUCACGGCAGCGCCUGCGCCCUCCCCAGCCCGUGCGCGGGAGCCGCGGGGGCAAAGGCGCAGAGGUAGGACCAGCGCUGUGCACCCGCCUCGCUGGCUCUCUGCGCUCGUGCGAGCAAUCGCCAGCUCUCCAAGAUGAAGAAGCUCCAGGGAGCUCACCUCCGCAAGCCUGUCACCCCGGACCUGCUGAUGACUCCCAGUGACCAGGGCGAUGUGGACCUGGACAUAGACUUUGCAGCAGACAGGGGCAACUGGACGGGCAAACUGGACUUCUUACUGUCCUGCAUCGGCUACUGUGUGGGCCUGGGGAAUGUCUGGCGGUUUCCCUACCGAGCCUACACCAAUGGAGGCGGAGCCUUCCUUGUGCCCUACUUCCUCAUGUUGGCCAUCUGUGGCAUUCCCCUCUUCUUUCUUGAGCUGUCCCUGGGUCAGUUCUCCAGCCUGGGACCCCUUGCUGUCUGGAAAAUCAGUCCCCUCUUCAAAGGUGCAGGCGCGGCCAUGCUGCUCAUCGUAGGCCUGGUGGCCAUCUACUACAACAUGAUCAUUGCCUACGUCCUCUUCUACCUCUUCGCCUCCCUCACCAGCAACCUGCCUUGGGAGCACUGUGGCAACUGGUGGAACACAGAGCGCUGCCUAGAGCACAGAGGCCCCAAAGAUGGCAAUGGGGUGCUGCCCCUUAACCUCAGCAGCACCGUCAGCCCCAGCGAGGAGUACUGGAGCCGCUACGUCCUGCACAUUCAGGGCAGCCAGGGCAUCGGCCGACCGGGUGAGAUCCGCUGGAACCUCUGCCUCUGCCUGCUCCUGGCCUGGGUCAUCGUGUUUCUCUGUAUCCUCAAGGGGGUGAAGUCCUCGGGCAAGGUGGUGUAUUUCACAGCCACCUUUCCCUACCUCAUCCUGCUCAUGCUGCUAGUUCGAGGAGUGACCCUUCCCGGGGCCUGGAAGGGCAUUCAGUUCUAUCUCACACCCCAGUUCCACCACCUGUUAUCUUCCAAGGUGUGGAUUGAAGCUGCUCUUCAGAUCUUUUACUCCCUGGGAGUGGGGUUUGGGGGUCUCCUCACCUUUGCCUCCUACAACACAUUCCACCAGAACAUCUACAGAGACACCUUCAUUGUCACUCUGGGCAAUGCCAUCACCAGCAUCCUGGCUGGCUUCGCCAUCUUUUCGGUGCUGGGAUACAUGUCUCAGGAGUUGGGUGUGCCCGUGGACCAAGUGGCCAAAGCAGGCCCUGGCCUGGCCUUUGUUGUCUACCCACAGGCCAUGACAAUGCUUCCCCUGUCACCUUUCUGGUCCUUCCUCUUCUUCUUCAUGCUUCUGACUCUUGGCCUGGAUAGCCAGUUUGCCUUUCUAGAGACCAUCGUGACUGCAGUGACAGAUGAGUUCCCAUACUACCUGAGGCCCAAGAAGGCAGUGUUCUCAGGCCUCAUCUGUGUAGCCAUGUACCUGAUGGGGCUGAUCCUCACCACAGACGGGGGUAUGUACUGGCUGGUCCUUCUGGAUGACUACAGUGCCAGCUUCGGACUCAUGGUGGUGGUGAUCACCACGUGCCUCGCUGUCACCCGGGUAUAUGGCAUCCAGAGGUUCUGCCGAGACAUCCACAUGAUGCUGGGCUUCAAGCCAGGCAUCUACUUCAGGGCCUGCUGGCUCUUUCUUUCCCCGGCCACACUGCUGGCCUUGCUGGUAUACAGCAUUGUCAAGUACCAGCCCUCGGAGUAUGGCAGCUAUCGCUUCCCUGCCUGGGCUGAGCUGCUAGGCAUCCUCAUGGGCCUGCUCUCCUGCCUUAUGAUCCCAGCUGGCAUGCUGGCAGCUGUGCUUCGAGAGGAGGGCUCACUCUGGGAGCGACUUCAGCAGGCCAGCCGUCCUGCUAUAGACUGGGGCCCAUCACUGGAAGAAAACCGGACGGGCAUGUAUGUGGCCACGCUGGCUGGGAGCCAGUCACCAAAGCCGCUGAUGGUACACAUGCGCAAAUACGGGGGCAUCACCAGCUUCGAGAAUACGGCCAUUGAGGUGGACCGUGAGAUCGCAGAGGAGGAGGAAGAGUCCAUGAUGUGAGACUGGAGACCACCAAACAGGAGGGCUGGCUGGGGCCUCACAGUCCCUUCCUUGGGACCUGCAGGAAACAGCUAUGCCCACUAGGAUUCUGAGAGGCAAUGGGACGUUGCCACAGCAAUGCCAGUCCCCACCAUAAGUCCCUCUUUGUGGCCUCUGCAUCUCCAGGAACCUCUGUCUAGGCAGACAUAACACACACAAGGUAGCUCAUUCAAAGCUGAAAUGACCCACCUCAGCCCUCACUUUGCUGAGGGGUGUGUUGAAACCGGGGAGGGAAGAGCUGGCCCAAGGUCACAUGCCCAUGAGGACUUGUUCCCAAGCCUCCAUCCAGCCAACUCCCUUUCUCCUGGGGGCAGCCGGCACCAUAUUUGUUUUCGUUGUUCAGACAUUUUGGCAAGAUACAUUUCCAUACAACUUUAAACUUGGGGUUCAGGCUUGUGAGAAGCCUGGAGGGUUCUGAGGCCAUGGAUGUAGAGAGCCAGUGAAUGAAUUGGGCAGAAGAAUCUUUGUGGGUUCCUGUGUUAAGGCCAAUUUCCCCCCAGAAAAGGUGGGAGCUAGGGGGGCUGAGGGAAUAUAAAGGAUUACAGAACCGACAGGAGGGAGGGUUUAUGUGUGGGCCAGAGCUGCCCCUGAGCAGGAGGAGGCCCAACCUGCCAGAGUAGAGACCAAGAGUGGCUGGAGAUGGUGAUACUCACAGGUUUUAAGAGGGGUUGAAGAACAGCAGGGAGGGGGAGCCAGAAAGGCAGGGUGGGAGGGGGUUUGCAUGGCACGACAUAUCACUUUAGGUCUGUUCAGGGUGGAUUAGGGACAGAUGUGGAGGUGGGAGGCUCGUGGAGUACAGGUGAGAGGUACUAGAGGCUGGGAUUCGGGGCUAUCAUGGGAGCAGACAGAGCCCACCCUUCACCACAUGGACAUUGUGCCCUGGGCUGGCAGGAGGCCUGAGGAGCACCCACCAUGAGGGUAGAAAUGAGACCUCUAGCCAGGACCCUUCUCUCUUGUCCCCGUGGCUUCCAAUGACAAAGGCUACCGAGACUGAGAUGGUUCACACAGGACAUAUGUCCUGCUUCUGCCGGGCACCUGACAUGAGGGCAGGGACAGAGGGUAGCUUCUGCCCUGGGUCCUUGAGAGAUGGUGUCCAGGUGUGGCCAUGAGGUGCCUGCCCAUUGCACUCGCCAGCAGAGCAGGGCACUCUCUUGCAGCAUAGUGUCCUCUGGACUCAACUCUCUCCUGGUAUCUCCCUGGCCUAUUUGUGUUCUGCUGGAUGGAUUGUCAAUAAACACCAAAUGAGGUCAUCCUUCUUACCUGACUCU